AUGAUGCGUCUUCCACUCCUUCUCCUCCUUCUAACUGGCUUGGCCACUGCCUGGCUUGGCCACCUGAGCCAUCCGAUUCGUGAUGCUCCCCCUAAUUAUGAUUGCACUGGAAACAAUUUGAUGAACUGUGUGCUCGUGGAAUCCCAAUUGGAUAUGAUCCGUCAUGCGAUUUAUGUGAAGAACUGGAAAUUGUUGGCACAACUUUCGGAGAUUCCAAUGACUGGGGAGAACAAAUUCCCUGGCAACACUCUAAAGUCUCACUUCGAGAUCACCCAAGUUUACACUAGUCCGUGGAAAUCUGUUAUUACUCCAAUGACUGUGAAGGUUACUGUAGAACAAGCUGGAUUACCACCGAGAAAUGCUGAGAUGAGAAUGGAAAAAAGCAAAGAGAGCCUUACUGGAUGGAAAAUCUACGAGUUUGAAUGGAUUGGAAAUUCUGAUAUACCCAUAAUGUUUUAA